AUUAAUGCUGUUGGUCGUACUAGUGUUCAUAUGAAAGGUGGCUCCGAAGAUAAAUAAAUAAACUUUACAAAUUUUUGGUGAUGCUCCACAGAUAAGUAUUUACUAAAUCUUCAAAUUCAAUAUCUAAGGAUUAGGGUGUUUGUAGAAAUUACACAAGCGGGAUUUCGACUGAAAUGCCUACAUCAAGGCGUGACAAGAAAGUUGAGCUUACGAAAGUCCGAAAACAUGCUCCUAAAAAGCAUGACCAUGUUAAAAAGGUCCGUCAGUACGUAGAUCAGUAUAAAAGAGUUUACGUGAUCGCUUUGCACAAUUCUCGCUCUCAAAAGGUGGCGGAAAUACGAAAAAAUAUGCCAAACAUCAAAAUUUUAUUUGGUAUCAAUAAAGUGACAGCUUUGGCUCUCGGUAAAACACCUAAAGAUUCUUACCGGCCGAAAAUGUAUGAACUUUGCAAGUAUUUAAAGGGACAAUGCGCUCUUCUGUUUUCGGAUUUGACACCUUCAGAAUUACGUGAGCAGUUGGAUACUUUUCGUUCAACAGAAUUCAGCAGGUCUGGUACAUUAUCCGAACAAACUGUUCGAAUCACUGCUGGUCCUUUACAAAAAUUUUCUCAUACUAUGGAGCCUGUUCUGCGUCAACUUGGAAUGCCUGUUAAACUAGUCCGUGGUGUCGUACAUUUAGAAAGAGACUAUUUAGUGUGUACUAAAGGCGACGUUCUUUCUCCAGAACAAUGUCGAAUUUUAAGAUUAUUCCAACAUGAAAUGUCAGAGUUUCGUGUUGGUCUGCUUGCCGUCUGGAUAAAUGGUGACGAUGUACAAGAGUUAGAAGAAGAAGACAGUUAUGCUAUGCGUACUUCAUUGCAUCCAGAAGUCACUAUUGUCUGUAAACAAUUAGAUGAUGGUCAAUAUUAUUUUAUUCCAGAACCUGUGGAUAUGAAAAAUAUUGAUAUUAAUGAUGAUGAUCUUGCAAUGCAAGUUAAUGAAGAUUAAUAUAAUUGUGAAUAGAUCAAUUAUUCUCUGAAUGUGUUUAUUGUUUUCUCAUAAAUUGAUUUUGCAUAGUCAUAACUUUCUCCUACUAUUGAAUUGGUGUAAGAAAAGAACUUUUGGGUG